UGUUCUAUACGUUACAAUCAUCUAAUGUUCAUCUAUUAUUGGCUGAUUUAAGUUACCAACUUCCUUCAAGCAAUCAAACCUUAAGGUUACAAGAAGGGACCAAUCCUUGGGAAGGCAGGGUUGAGCUCUUUUAUAAAGGACAAUGGAGAAGUAUUUGUGUUGAUGAGAAUACUUGGGGAGAGCAAGAAAAAUCUGUUGUCUGCAAACAGCUAGGGUACAGAGGUUUUGAGCAAGCUGAAGCUACUGGAGCUAACUUAAUGUUAAAUAUCAAUUACACAAGUAUAAGUGAUUUAGUAUGCACAGGAGAGGAGAAUUCCAUAUUUCAGUGUGACUACAGCAAUAGAAGUGGAUUAUGUAAUAGUAGCCAAGUUGCAACUGUUACAUGUAAACCUGAUUCAGCUUCAUUGUGUGGUGUUAAUGAAUUUGGCUUUCAAGGAAAUUGCUAUCAGUUUGUGUUGGACAAGACAGCAACUCAUGCUGAAGCUGAACACCAGUGUCAUGAAGAAGGAGGAAAUUUAGUGGAAGUUAAUUCCCAAAUGGAAAAUGAUUUUAUAUCAGAUUGGCUAAGCUUCCAGAAAGUAACAUCGAAGGUCCAUAUAGGAGGAAGUCAGACUAAUAAUCUCUGGAAGUGGAACAAUUCUAGUGAAGAAAUACAAAACUUUCAAAAGUGGUUUAACAGAAAUAAUUCCAUUGGUACAAGUUUAAAGACUUCUUCUGCCUGUUUAGUUCUUCAGAAUAUUUUCUACCAUCCUCAUCACAGAAGCAUUCAGAUGGAAUAUUUCUUUUGGAAUUCUCAAGAUUGUGAUGCAGAAUUUCCAUACAUUUGUGAAAAACAUCAAAAAGAUAUUGGUUGCAUCCAAGGAAAAGGACUAAACUACAAAGGAAGGGCCAAUGUUACAGAAUAUAGGAGUUCCUGUAUGAGGUGGGAUACCCCAGAAAUAUGGGAUAUGGUUCUUUCAAUGAUGCCACAGGCAAAAGUGGACUUGAAAGGUCAUAAUUUCUGCAGAAAUCCUGAUGGGUUUAAACAACCAUGGUGUUUUGUGUCAGUCACCAAUUUUGCUUUUUGUGACAUUCCUUCUUGCCAGUUGAUUGAACCUAGGACCACUCCUAAACCAUGUGAAGCCAAUAAGUUUGAGUGUUCACCUGGAACGUGCAUUCCUCUUACGUGGACCUGUGAUGGAUAUUUUGAUUGCACUAAUGGAGCUGAUGAAUUGAACUGCAGAAACUACUUGGAAGAUUAUACAAAAACAAGCGGCUUUAAGUUGACCAAUCAUGACAAGAAAAAAUGGUUAUAUACAACUUUAGAAAAGUGUGAAAGAAGGUGUUCUACUGCAACUGAUUUUACAUGCCGUUCCUUCAGCUUUGGUAAAAAAAGAGGUAAUUGUAUUCUAAGUGACAAGAUCAAUGCAAUGGUUGGAACUUUAAGAAAAGAUGACAAGUUUGAUUAUUAUGAAAGAAAAGAAUUUUCAGUGAACUGCUCCUCUCAGUUUGUCUGCCAUAAUGGGAAGUGUAUAAAUGCAACCGUAGUGUGUAAUGGAAUUAAUGACUGCAAUGACUUUUCAGAUGAAAAAAACUGUACUUCAAUUGUUGACUUUGCCAUUAGACUAGCUGGAGGAUCAGAAGUCACACUAGAUGAAAAACUUAUUGAAGGACAAGUUGAGAUUCGAGUCAAUGGUGAAUGGGGUUUGAUAUGUGGUGACAUGUGGGAUCUCAAAGAUGCAGAUGUUGUUUGUAAGCAACUUGGAUUUGAACUGGGUGCAAUCAGUGCUUUAACUGGAUCAUAUUAUAAGUCUGAACUUGGCACAUAUCUCAUGGAUGAUGUACAGUGUACAGGAAAUGAGAAGUCUCUUGUAGACUGUAGCUUCUCUGGUUGGCACCAACAUAACUGUAAAGAAAAUGAAGCUGCUGGAGUUAAGUGUAGAGCUCCACCAAAGGAAUGUGAUGAGGAUGAAUUUAAAUGUAAUAACGGGAAAUGUAUUAUCCUGGGCUUUCUCUGCGAUGGUCAAAAUGACUGUGACGACAACUCUGAUGAAGCAGAAGUCCGGUGUGAAGCUCCACUCCUUGUUCGUUUUGCCAAUGGUAAAAAUCAUUUGUCUGGAAGAGUAGAAAUUAGUCGUUUUGGAAUUUGGGGUACAAUCUGUGAUGACCAGUUUGAUGACAAUGAUGCAAAAGUAAUUUGUCGUAUGCUUGGAUAUAAUGGCAGUGCUCAUGCACAUAUAAAAGGGUAUUUUGGGCCUGGAAAAGGACAAAUUUGGGUUGAUGAACUUGAAUGUGAUGGGACAGAAACCCAUAUUUCCAAAUGCUCCAAACCUCCCUGGGGUCAAAAUAACUGUAGGCAUAAUGAAGAUGCAGGAGUUUCAUGUUCUACUCAUAUAUCACCAACACCUUCAGUGCAACCACCUGUAGAGCCAGUUCAAUGUGGAGUCCCUGAUUAUGCAGAUCAGUUGCAUGUGAAUUUGAAUGAAGAGCUACAUAUGAAUGACACGGGAGUAGCUUCAGAAAGCUCUCGAAGCCAAGGGUUCACAUACAAUCAAUCCAACCCAGCCAGAAUUGUAGGAGGCUCUGAGACUAUCUAUGGUGCAUACCCAUGGCAGGUUGAUAUUAGGAUUUAUACUGGUUCAACAAGCUUUCACUGGUGUGGAGGAGUGAUCAUCACAGAUUACUUUGUUCUUAGUGCUGCUCAUUGUUUAGAGAAGUAUCAACAGUCUGACUAUCUCAUUCGAGUUGGAGAAUUUAAUAAUAAUGAAGUGGACAAAUAUGAAGAAGAUUUUGAAAUAGCAGACAUGAAAAUUCAUGAGAAUUUUAACAAAGGGACAUAUUUGAAUAAUGAUAUUGUGCUGAUAAGAAUAAGGGCAAAGAAUGGUCGAGGGAUCUUCUUCAACUCGCAUGUUAAACCUGUCUGUCUUCCUGUAUAUAACAUACGCUACCAUCCUGGGACAAAAUGCAUCAUCUCAGGAUGGGGAACUACUGGUGAAACAUCAGCAGCUGAUACUUUAAUGAGCACAGUAGUGCCUAUUCUGCAUAUGUUCCAAUGCAGAGACCCUUAUGUUUAUGGGGCAGAAAAGAUCACAAAUGGAAUGUUUUGUGCUGGUUACCUUCAAGGAGGAGUGGAUGCUUGCAAAGGAGACAGUGGUGGACCUUUAGUAUGUAAAUUAGGUGAAAGCUACACUGUAUUGGGAAUCAUCAGUUGGGGAAAUGGUUGUGCUAUACCUAAUAAACCUGGUGUGUAUACAAAAGUACAGUACUUCUUAGACUGGAUAAAUACAAACAUGGCCAAAAUGGAACUGUGAAGUAGCAAAGAGAAUAAAAGUUGAACUUUGAAUAUGGUUAGAUUAUAAAACAUCAAUAAUGGUGGACUUCUGUCAUUCAGUCAUUCAACUUUGAAUAUGGAACUGUGAAACAGCAUACGAUAAAAAAAAUUGAACUUUGAAUAUAAUUGGUUAAUAAAACAUACAUGAUGAUGGACAAAGAAAUCAUUCAAUUUUGAAUGCAGGUGAAAAAAAUAAUAUUUUUUUUAGAUAAUCAUGGUCAAAAACAUAGAUCCUUCAAUAUGAAUAGUCUAAAAUUUAAGUUUAAAUAUGUAUGAUUAAAAAGUUAUAGAGUAGGAAUGAACAAAAAUUGUAACUUUGGACAAGUGUGGCCAAGAAAAUGGAUUUUGAAAUGAGAAUAGGCAAAAACAUGGAGGUUUCAGUGAAGGCUGGACAGAAGCAUUUUCAUUUUAGAUAGAAAUGAACUAAGGAAUCUCUAAUUAUCAAAGAAGUUGGACAAGAAAUGAGUUUAUACCUUGAAGGUAUGGAAGUAUAAAUAUAUAAUCAUGAUCACAAGAAACACAUAUUCCAAUUAUAGCAUGUAAACUUGCCACAUUUUGUACAUUAAUUUAUUUCAUUGUUUUUGUAUCUGAACAAUUAAAUGCUAAAAAUAGUAGCAAUCAUUCCAUACUGGAAGAUUUUAUCAUUGAAAUAUAUAAACAUAGCUAGCUCUUUGUUAAUAAAGAUAAAACAUCCCAUCAUAAGAAAUUUUCUUUGAUAAGUAAGCCUACAGCAUUGUGCCAUGUUGUAUUUUUAAAAGUGUUAAAUAAAUACUUUUUCAUGUUAAAUGAAUUGUGCAGUCACAAAACAAAAACAAAUGCAAAAUAAAACUUUUCUCUUAUUAUUUAAAAAAUUUGACCACUGUUGAAGGUCCAUUAAACACACACACAUUUUAUAUAUACACAUUUAUAAAUUGUAUCAACAAAUGCUGCAUAGAGCUAUUGGGGAGAGUCCUGUUUGCUCCCCUUAUGCACAUCCAUAUUUUGCUUAGACACUUUGAAAUUCAGAAGCUCAACUUAAUUUUAGAAAUAAAAAUAUAUCUUUAAAAUGUGGAUCAUACAAUUCUAUCAAUUACAUAAUUUGAUUGUGUGUUAUAAACUGCACUUUUACAUCUUCCUGUGGUUCAAAGCUUAGAGGCUUAUAACAUAAAAAUUUCAGGUUUGAUCCCUAUGGUAUGCAAAUGAAUCUAGCUCAUUGUGCAGCUUUGCAUUUAACAACUUAAAAUGGUAUGUUCAUAAGGGUACUGUCUUGCCCUCCAUUGGCCACAGAGUGAGUAGAUGAUGAAACUUUAUUAGUAAUAAGCUUAAUGUUUUCUUUUUUGUUUUGUCUUAUGAGUUGAGAUGUAUAAGUAUUACACGAAGUCAGGUAUAUAUAGAGUUUUCCCAAUGCAGAACAGAUUAUACUUCAUAGUUCUUUUAUCAUUGAUUCUCUUGCUUUUUUUUUUCUCAUAAGAAAUAAUAACACAACCUUGUGUUGUGUAAUUGAAAAAUAUAGAAUUCCAUUUGUUGGACAAUUACCAUGCCACAAGAACAAACAAAAAGAACCAACAAGUACAACCUAAGCAACUGAGUCUAAUCCUUUUAUUUAAAUAAAACUCUGAAAUAAAAUUGUACAUUAUAAAUUAAGUUCGAAAUGAAUACCAGAAUAUCUGAAACCACCAUGAUAAAUUUUCUAUAGCCUUUACAUAGCAAUUUAUCUAAUGUAAAUAAAUAUAUUGUUGUCUGC